AAUUGAAUAUUCGAAACCACACCUUUGAGCUAUUCGAGGUCUGGCCUCUCACAUCAAGAAACUAAUAUAGUGGAGAAGCAACAAGGGGCGGGGAACAUAGACCCUUAUAUAGAUUUAUAUGUUAUAAAAUGUUUACUUGCUAUAUUCUAUUCCUUAUUCUAUACCUACCACCCUACUUGUUCUACACCAUAAUAAGCUAUAACAAAAGGUUAUUAUAAAAUAGAUUAUCGUAUUAGGAACGUCUAUAGUAGUAUUCCGCAAAUCUAUUAUACGGCGGUUGUAAUAGUCUAAUUAGUCAAACCAGCAAAUCCAGGGUUACCAUAGCACAGAUCUAGCUUUCAGCAAGCAAACAUGUAAGACGAAAUUUGAUCAAUGUAUUCUCUGUACAUGAAAUUCCACGCAAAUUUUUAAACAGAAAAGCGAAUCUCCUCCACCAACCCACGAGACUAAUCCAUGAACGUAGGUACUUGGCAAGCGGAUUAAUUAAAAAGCGGGUCAAGUAUCGGCUAAAUCUGAGCUUUUCUCUGCGUACAGUACUACAGUCUACGAGUACAGUACUGAUUCUCUUUCGAAGGCAAGGGUCUGGACAGCCCGCGGGCUCCCACCUCAUCAAUCUCUGAAAUACGUCCACAUUAAUCAGACAGUCUAAAUGGCUUGAAACUUUAUACCGUAGGGUUGUACCUUGCUUAUAGAAAGUCGUACACGAAGUACAAGGGAGGAGGAGACGCAAGCUGUCCAGACCCUGCCUAUAUCUGCUGAUAUUAUCGGUUCUCUUGAUAGAGCACCAGACUCUUUUAUCAUACGAGUACAGUGAUAAAAAACUCGGCGAACACUCUGAAACUGAGCUGUCUGCAGAGCUCACCUCCUUUGAGUGCUGCUCGACUGAACUGCUCAACUGAAGUUCUCGAGUUCAUAUUUUUCGAGUUUUCCGAGCACCAAAACACACAAUCCCUGUUGAAGGUCUAUCAAUAGGCAACAAUGGAACUUCAUACGAGUUCUGACUGUGAAGCCUCACCUGUGCAAGAACUCUUUUCGAGGCUAGUCACGUGGUCGAUGUAAAUAAAGUUUCUGAGAUGCUUCCCCAGAUGCGCCCAUUAUUUCUGAAGCUUUUCCAACUCCAUUCUGCUCCAUGUGCUCUGCUCACAUGAUGGCUUCACAGCCUCGGCAUAACUUUCCCAACCCUGCCGACCCUGCCAAGUGUUAAACGGAGAAUCUCAAUCCACUAUGGCGCGCGCGUCACUUUUACCCCGCAUUACCGUAAGAUCAUGGACCCACAUGACGGACCUGCCUCGUAAAAGAAAUACAAGUUGAGUAACCUCUGCUGGCCACCAGACUGGUUGGAUCUGCCGCGACAUUGCAGCUCAAUCUCAAGUACCACCGUUUGGAUUGAGACGUCCGUUAUCCGGAAGUUCCUCAGAAGUAGCCAUCCGCACAAUGCCCAAGAUGCUCCUUUAUGCUCGACGCGCUCCCCCAAAAGAGUCAAAGAAGAGAUCGAGAGCUGGUAAGAUGCCAAAACAUUCUCUGAGAGUGAGACUGUGCUGACGGGAUUGGUGUUGGAGGUUGUAUAUCUUGGUAAGCUUGCUCGACCAAAUGUUGGUUCCUACGUAUACUAACCCAUACCAGCAAGGAGAAGGUAUGCCAGAUGCCAUCCCCGCGACUCCAUUGGUUUUCCUGAUCUCUCUUUCAGAAGAAGAAAUGCAACGAAAAUCGUCCUUGCGAUCGGUGCACAGAGCGAGGCUUGAAAUGCGAAUACGAGGCCGUGAAGCCACGAAAACGAAGGCGGUCUUCCUGUGCAGGUUCAGUCUUUUCCGCAGACAGCCAAUCGCCUAUAUUCUGUGACGAACCAUGGCCUGGCAGGUUCGAAUCUUGCGAAAUACCUGAUGGUGAUAAUGAGGUUGUACAGAAGUGGGAGGUAGAAUCGGAAUACCAGCAAUUCGAUUUGGAAUUGCCUGUAUACGAGUGGGAUGUCGCUUGGGACAACCGAACCGAGAGGAAAUAUAAUAACUGCGCAGAACCACAGAGUCCAACUCAAUUACCAGGGUGCUUGGUGCGUUCACGAAGCCAGUAUCCUGAUCUUGCGAUGAUUGCUCCUUCGCCAGUUGCCUCACCACUUCUCGAGUUCAAUGCGCCUCUAUAUAUGGAAUUUUCAGACAAAUCUAACCGCCGGGCAUUGGUCGACCAUUUUUGCAACGUUCUAUCACAUUUGAUUGUCUUCAAAGAAGAUACUGGGAACCCAUUUAGGCAACUGGUGUUGCCGUUGUCGCAUGGUUGCUCGCCCGUUAUGAAUGCUAUUUUCGCCUUAUCUAGCGCUCACCUGGAAUAUGGAGGCGUUGAGAACGAGGAAAAGUCAUUGACUUUCCAUAACAUGGCAUUGCAAGGCCUUGCUCAACUUAUUGAGCAGAAUGAUCAGAUACAUAGGGAAGAGGUCUUGGCAGCAAUUAUGAUCUUAGUAUAUUAUGAAGUGGUGAGCGGGAUAAUAUUGCUUAGUCUAUAUUUUGCUGACAGAAUUUAGUUGGUUCAAAAAGGUAAGUCUAAUAUUGUCAAUGGCCAUUUGAAAGGCGCAAUGACAAUAAUGAAAUCCGGACCACGGAUUUGCACACCUGCUGGUCUGUUUUUGGAACGAGUAUGGCUGUGUUGUAUUUGUUUACCCAGUAAUACUGACUGUCUCGUAGGCAUUCCGAUUUUAUGAUGUUAUUGCAGCUCUUUCAUUCGGGACAUGUCCUACUUAUGUCACCCAACCAAUACCUACUGCGUUCCCAACAGAAGACGGCGAAGACCAAUCAUUUAAUAAUUCGCCCCUAGAUUCCGUGGAUACUUUGCUGGGACUAUCUACCGACCUUUGGCCCAUUAUUAAUCAACUUUCUCAUCUACUGUCUUUUAAAAGGUCAUUGGAAGAAGCCAUAGCCGCUGGGGAGACUACAAAAGCCAGGCGUCUAAGACGUGAGUUAGAAAGCGCUUCUCAAGCAAUUGAGGAUGCGCUCACAGAUUGGAAGCCCGUUGUAUCUCCAAAUCCAUUAUCACCAAAUUCGGAAUCUAAUGAGCAGCCCAUUGAUCUUCCAGAUGCUCGUAUACAGAGUAUUCUGAAUAACGCUGAAGCCUAUCGCAACUCAGCAUUUGUUUAUCUUUACCACACCAUUCAUUCACAAUCAAUAUCUGAUAUCUUGGUACAGAGGCACGCACAUCUCUCACUAAUCGCAUGUGCGAACGUUGUUAAAAACGCGGAGCAAUGUCACGAUGGACCAAUGUCGGCUUUACUGUGGCCUCUUUUUGUUGCAGCUUGUGUGGCUAUGACUGAGGAAGACAGAGAAUUGGCUCUGGAUGCAUUUGGUGGUACGGAGCGUAGGCAGAAAAUGAAUAAUAUCAUGAGAGCAAGGGAAGUGGUGGAGGAGGUUUGGAGGAGAACCGAUCUUGGCGAAAAUCACGUCAACUGGAUGGAUAUAAGUAAGGGAAAGGGGUAUAAUAUCGUCUUUGGAUAAUACUAAAGUUGAUAAUCUUUAAAGAAACAUACAACACCACGAUGAUGGAAACUUGUCAAGGUGAUGCUCACGUGAUGAACUACAGG